CUUGCUCCAUCGCGCGAUUACUGAUAGUAUUACGUGCGAGUGAUUAUCGUUACUCGACACGUCAUCAGACAUUCGCCGCCGCUCCCUGAGGCGUCUAGGGGUUGCGGCGGAAAAUGAGCAAGUUCCGAAUGGCGACUUGGACCAACGUCGCGGACAGAAUGGCAAUCCGACCACCGCUGAUCAGGCGGAAGCAGCCCCAGUGAUUUCCUAUCUGGGACAGGAGACCUCACGCGAAAUCGCUUGACGUUCCUUGUCAAUCACGGCUACAUCCAUCUCCCCUUCCUAUCCUCCCCCCACAUGGACUUUGGGUACAAGCUCAAGUCGCUCACGCAUCUUCUCUCAGCCAACGGACUGUUCUCCGGCUGGGCCUCGGCCGGUAGCGAGCAGCACCUCAAGUGCGCCGCCCUCAAGGACACCCUGCGCAUCGAGAACACGACGAUCGUCGACGCUACGUUUCUUGCUGUCGGCUCGCGCGUCAAGUUCAGAAAUGUUUGCCCGGAACAGAGUUCUACAAAGCUUUAUGCUCCGACAUCGCUGUGCCGCGUCCAGUUUGUAACCCAAACGAGCGAGUCGUCGGGUAUCCGGGCCGAAGCAUGGUUGCCGGAGGAGUGGUACGGGAGGUUUCUGGGUGUAGGGAAUGGGGGCCUAGGAGGAUGCAUCGCGUAUAACGACCUCGCAUACGGCUCGUCCUUCCACUUUGCCUCCGUCGGGUCAAACAACGGGCAUGACGGGAACUCUGGAGAAGUGUUCCUGAACAACCCGGAGGUCAUCGAAGAUUUCGCUCAUCGUUCAAUUCACGUCGAGGCCGUCGUGGGCAAACAGAUCGUCGAAGCGUACUACGGCCAACAGCACCAAAAAUCGUAUUACCUCGGAUGCUCGACAGGAGGGAGACAAGGAACACAGGAAGCGCUCAAAUACCCGGCUGACUUUGACGGCAUCCUCGCCGGUGCGCCUGCCAUAGACUUCAACCAUCUUCUGCACUGGAUCGGCAUGUUGGCCCGGCAUGCGGGCGCCCCGGAUCCCACAUCACCAGCCUUUCUCUCUGCCAGUGAGUGGACCCUUGUCUCGGAAGAAAUCCUCAAGCAAUGUGAUAUGCUCGACGGCGGGAAGGAUGGGAUCAUCACAGAGCCGGAUACGUGCCUUUUCCGUCCGGACACGCUCGUUUGUCGACCAGGGCAAAUAGAUGACUGUCUGUUCCCCGCUCAGAUCGAGGCAUUGCGAAAAAUAUACAGUCCGCUAUACGCCGAUGGAGAACUCAUCUUCCCGAGAUUCGAUCCAGGCGCGGAGCUGACGUACAGGCAAUUUUUAUGGGGCGGGCAGUUCCCGGAAUAUCCCCGAGAUUGGCUGCAAUACGCUGUUGCGAACACCACGAAAAUUGACUUCGGCACGUACGGUCCUGAAGACGGCAAGCGAAUGGAUGCGGUGAAUCCCGGAGGAAUCGCCACGUUCUCUGGGGACUUUGCGGCGUUUCGGGAUCGAGGAGGCAAGUUUUUGACGUACCAUGGUCGGAUGGAUGCACUGAUCGCUUCCGGAAACUCGAAACGGAUGUAUGAUCUCGUCUCCACGACACUGUCGAUGCCGACUCUCGAUUCGUUCUACCGCCUUUUCCUUGUUCCGGGGCUCGCUCAUUGCACAGAGGGGCUCGGAUCUCCCAACUUCGGGCAGCGAGGCAACACCGUGACCACAGCGGUCAAUGCGAGCUCCCACAACAUUCUUCUGGCGUUGGUCGACUGGGUCGAAAAUGGGAAUGCUCCCGACGAGAUCGUGGGCACAUCCCACGACGGCCAAGCUGAACGCAUCCACUGUCGGUAUCCGUUGAGAAGCGUCAGGGACGCCGAGCAAACCGAGUGGAUCUGUGUUGUAUAGCAUGAAAAAUCUUAGAUGUAUAAUAAUCCAAUAUAUGUCGACGCGAUUAC